GAGAUUGUUAACAGAGAAUUGCACCCUCAGAACUGAUCGACAAAUGCUUUUCCAUUCCCCCUCCUAACAUCCAACCACUAGCAUGGAAGUUGCCUCAUCCAUUACCAUUGAAAAGAACAACUUUCAUUUGACAAGAAUGCGAGCUCUUCCAUUUCAGACCUUAGCUCAACUUCCCUGUGCUUUCAGCUUGCCAGCAAGUAAACGGCCCAAUGAUGUUAUGGAUAAGCACUUGCAUAACAGACACCCUUCGAUAACAGUCAAAAGUUUGCCUAGGAGGGUGUUUUUGCAGCUUAUGGGGAUUGGUCCCAUGUCAUUGGGCAUUAAUCCUGUUGUUGCUGCCCCAAUGCAAGAGAUGAAGGAACCUGAAGUAAUUCGGACAUUGAAGCUUUCCAGUGGGGUGAGAAUUCAAGAAAUCAUUGAAGGGGAGGGACCAGAAGCUCAUGAUGGAGAUUUUGUACAAUUGAACUAUGUAUGCCGACGAGCAAAUGGAUAUUUUGUUCACAGCACUGUGGAUCAGUUCAGUGGAGAAAGCUCUCCUGUCACCCUUCCUUUGGAUGAGAACCAGAUUAUAAGGGGCUUGAAGGAUGUCUUGACAGGCAUGAGGGUUGGAGGAAAGAGAAGAGCACUAAUACCUCCUUCCUUGGGAUACAUAAAUGAAAACCUGAAACCAAUUCCUGACGAGUUUGGUCCUCGACGUAGCCUCUUGUCUCAUGCAAAAGAACCUUUGAUCUUUGAGGUGCAGCUCCUGAAAAUAUUAUAAUUCAUGGAAUAUUGGUUUUUGUAAUUUUCUGGCUCUUUUUUGAGCCUCCCAAGACAUGUUCUCUUAAAAACAUUCAACAGAUUACAUGUCAUUCCAUCACUGAGAUUAUGAGAAACUGCCAUGCUAAUUAAACAGUGAGAGUUUGAAUCCAUAUGCCAUGCAAGCUUGAAUC